CUAAUUAAACAAAAAGCAAACGUGCGUGUUUAUCAAACACUUGCAGAAAUUACGUUCAACAAACCGGAUGCAGAAAGCAGACGAUAGUUUCGAAAUGUCCAGUCGUAUUGUUCCAGUUAAGCGUUAUGAUUGGAACUUUUUCGACAAGCAAAUGGACAUGUUCCCAUCUUUCAAAAAUGAUUUCGACAAAGAUUUUUUCAAGGAUGCCAAGCAUUCAAGUAUGGAUGAAGAAAUAGCAAGGAUGAAACGGGAGAUGUUUAGCCUGACAACACCAGAGUCAAGUUUGAAAGUUGACCAACCUUUUAUUCAGGAUUUUACUGGAGAUAAGAAAAUGGCUCUACGGUUUGAUUGCAGUCAGUUUAAUCCUGAGGAAAUUCAAGUAAAAACAAUGGACAAACAAUUAACUGUACAUGCCAAACAUGAAGAAGUAUCACCGGGAAGGAAAGUAUACAGAGAAUUCACCAAGUCGUACACUCUACCACAGGAUGUUGACCCUUUGUCAUUGAAGUCCAGCUUGACCAACGACGGAUUUUUACAAGUUGAAGCACCAGCACCUAAAACAUGUGUUGCAAGGAAGGAAAUCUUUAUUCCAAUUGAGAAAAUGCUUAGGUAAAUCAUUCGAACUAAAUAAGCCAGCAAAAUGCCAAUUAUAUAUAACAUGCUGUGUUGGAAACCAUCAGUGAGAAAUUAUUUUGACCGUUUCGAUGAGGCAUUUCUAUUUUGUACAAUAUCAGAGAAUUUCUUUUGACCGAUUCUAUGACAUCUAUGUACACUUUCAGAGACUUUGGAUAGUGCGCCAAAUUUGACAACUAAUUCAGUAUUUUUUGCAGUUUUUAACUAUUUUAACAAUUUUACAUACAUGGUUUCGUACUAGCUUUGCAUAUGUUGUUGUGCAUGUUUUGGACUAGCAUUCCUGGAUCGGUUUCCGUGACAAGACAAUUAUUUGAAAUCAGUUGUAUAUGAAAAUAAAAAGGUAUAAGCAAUUA